AUGUCCCCCACUAUGUUCCUUUAUCUCCCUCAGGCGCGCCACUUGCAGCGUGCAGCCCCCUCGGUCAUCCUGACCGUUAAGGGGCGCAUGGUGUGGGAUUCACGGGGGGAGCCGACAGUGGAGGAGGAGAUUGGCUCUCACAGGAACCACACACCCCCAUCCAUGUCCCCCACUAUGUUCCUUUAUCUCCCCCAGGCGCGCCACUUGCAGCGUGCAGCCCCGUCAGUGAUUCUGAGCGUGAAGGGGCGCAUGGUGAUGGAUGCGCGGGGGGGGACAACGGUGGAGGCGGAGGCGCGCCAUCUGCAGCGCGCAGCCCCCUCGGUGAUUCUGAGCGUCAAGGGGCGCAUGGUGCUGGAUGCGAGAGGGGAGCCCACAGUGGAGGCUGAGGUGGGCUCUCACAGGGGCAAGUUCCGCGCCUCUGUUCCCACCGGCGUUACAUCUGGCAUCUAUGAAGCAGUGGAGGUGAGGGAUGGGGACGAGGGGGAAUUCUUCGGGAGGGGCGUGCAGCGGGCGGUGGGGAAUGUGAGCGAUGCGAUUGCAGCAGCGGUGGUGGGGAGGGACCCUCGCGAGCAAGGGGAGAUUGACAGGCUGAUGGCUGCCGAGCUUGACCAGACUGACAACAAGGUGAGGAGGGAGAUUGACACGCGAUUGCAGCAGGGCGGGGGGAGGGGAUGGAGGGGGGAUGCGGCUGAGAAGGGGACUCAUGGCAGGGGCAGUAGUGUUGUGCAGCAACGGUGCUUUCCCUCCCUCAUCUCCUCCCACUUUCCUCGUCCCCAUUUUGGCAUCCUCCCUUCCCCCUCUUCCUCCCCUUCCACACCCCCUUCCCCUCUACUGCAGGGCGAGCUGGGAGCCAAUGCCAUUCUUGCCGUGUCCCUUGCCUUGUGCCGAGCAGGCGCGGCAGAGAGAGAGAUGCCACUGCACGAGUACAUCGCAUCGCUUGCAGCGGUGCCCCACCCCUCUCUACCCGUGCCCGAGUUUGCCCUCCUCUCAGGCGCCCUCACACCCUCCUCUGCUGCCUCGCCGCCCUUCCAUUCACUCUCCAUCCUGCCACUGGGAGCAUCCACAUUCGCAGAGGCUGUUCGGAUUGGAGCAGAGGUGCAGCACUGCCUGCAGGCACUUGCAGCAGAACGGUUUGGAGCGGCAGCAGCAGCGCUGGUGACUCACGAUGGCAGCUUGGGUCUGCCCCUCACAAGCAUACGAGACGGUUUGCAGCUGCUGGCGUCAGCAGUGGCAAAUGCAGGGCAUGCAGAGAAAGUGAAGAUCAGCAUUCACGCAGCGUUGGGUGGGCGUGUGACAGACGAAGGUCACUAUGACCUGGGCAUGCAGCAGCAGCUUCAGCUGGAUGGCAGCGGUGACAUCAGCAUGACAUCAGCCAACAACAGCGGCAGCAGUUUGGAGCAAGUGACGGUCCAGCAGCUCAUAGACGUGUACCAGCAGCUGUGCUCAGACUUCCCCAUUGUGAGCAUAGAGGACCCGUUUGACCAGGAAGACUUUGACGCCACUCAAGCCCUCUCAGAGGCAGGCUUCACCCAGGUGGUGGGCAACGACCUGUUGGUCUCAAAUGCCAAGCGACUGGAGCAAGCCAUUGAGAGACGCACAUGCAGUGGCAUCGCCAUCAAGCUCCCCUUAAUCGGCACUCUCUCAGAGGCUCUAGAGGUGGCCAAGGCAGCGAGGGCAGCGGGGUGGGCAGUGGUGGUGGCAGGUGGGGUGGGACGGCAGGGGGACACGGAGGACUGCAUGCUUGCUGACGUGACAGUGGGCAUGGGAGCCCAGCGAAUCAAGGCAGGGGGCGUGUGCCGAGGCGAGCGAUGCGCCAAGUAUAACCAGCUUUUACGGAUUGAAGAAGAGCUCGGAAGCAAGGCGACUUAUGCAGCAGCAACAGCAGUUGUGAUGCCACCAAGUAAAUGA